CUUCGCCACGAUAAGCAGUAAAGUUAACGUAACCCCACCUCGCGGAAACAUUCCCUUUUCACUUCCUCCUCGACAACACAAUAACGCAACUUCCCCCGGGGUCAAUAUCCUUCAUCAGAAGAAGCAAUUGGCCCAAGACCCAAACCAUCUUAUUCUAUAUCAUCUCAUUCAAUCGUGUUUCUCCACUUUCCUAUCUAAAAUGCCCAAAAAAGUCGAACGAACACGGACCUUCACAGGCUGUCGAACAUGUCGUUCGCGCCACGCAAAAUGCGACGAGGCUCAGCCUGAAUGUGGAACUUGUCAGCGAUUGGGGCUGGUUUGUGGAGGGUAUGGAGCACGGUUGUUUUGGAUUAGGGAUGAUGCUGUCAGGCCUGAGUUGCAGCAGAGUCAUCGGGGCUCGGAGUAUCGGUAUCCACUUUUCUCCGAGAGUGAAAGGAGGUUGAUGAGUGAUGAGUUAAAGGGGAGUUUGGGGAAAAGAACGGCGCUGGCGUUGUUGGCGGAUAUAGAUUCUGCGUGUGAGAAGAGCGAUGUUGGAGAUGCGUUGAUGAAAGGUCCUUUUGGGGUCUUUCAGUCUGUUGAAGAGAAAGAGUUGACGGUGGAUACGAUUGAGUGUUCUCCGGAUACUAACACUGAUAAUACGUCUACGAGCAUGUAUGCCGAGACUGAUGGCUUCAUUGAGGAGAUUCAGCGAGCAGAUUGGCCGGAUCAACUUCCCGAGGAUGACCUGGACAUCUUUACGGCCUCUUUGGAUCCUAACUUUAACAUGAAUGCUGAGGAAUUGACAGCGGGUGAUCAGAUACACUUGCAUGACCCUAUGGCCAACUUCUUUGUCGAUGAUCCAAUGGGGGCUGAAGGACUGGCACUCUUCAGUCCGGGCUUCAUAUCGCAAGUUAUGGGUACCGAUAAUGCUACGCUUACAGAGGAAAAUAUUGGCCCGGAACUACAAGCGUCAAUGAACGAAUUAGUUCCAUAUCCAAGAACCAUCGCAAGCCAUUCUGGACUCCCCGAAGAAGCAGAGCCACUACUCAGGCACUACAGACAACACAUCGCUGGCCAACGGUCAACCAUGCAAGCGAAAAGGAAAUCUCCUUGGGAGAUCAUCUUUCUCCCUUGCGCCCUCGAGACAUUCGCCGAAUUAUCACUAUGGAAUGAAGCUUCCCACACCCGCUCUUCUAUCUUUUAUACCCUGCUUGCUCAUAGUGCACUGCAACUUCACAUGUCGAAGGCACCAAGUUCUCUAUCGGCAGAUUGGAAAGAAAUUGGAUUGAAGAACCAUGAACGAGCACAGAAUCAUCUUCGACAGGCGCUGCAGCAUGAGAUGUUUGGGCCGAGGCAGGCGAGUUAUAAGGAGCUCUUGAUGGCUAUUCUAGCUAUGGCGAUGACUUCGUUACACAAUGGGGCUCGUGCAUUCCGCAUCUUUCUCCUCGAUGCGGAAAGACUCAUCCGUCUUCGCGGUCUAGCCAACCAAGCCCAAAAUCCCUUCAAAUCUCGUCUUUUGCACCAUAUGUAUACUCAUCUCCGUGUUAUCGCAGAGAGUAUAUCACUUUGGAGCGAACCUCUCCCCGAAAGCUCCUCUGAGAUCCAAGGUCGUGAGCAAUUUCGAACAUUCCGUAUUACAGAAGAGGGUUUGAACAUAGGUCUUGAUCCCGCUCAAGAAAAGACCGAUGAGCUUGGGUAUAAUGACAUCCAUCUUGAAGUCCAAGGGCGCUGGACUCAGACUCUUUAUCCGGUUAUAUAUGGGAUACCCGAAUCUCUUAUGACGCUAUUGUCACAGACUGUCUCGUUGUCCAAUGAAAAGAAUCGCCUGGAAUCUGUCGCGCGUUGCAACCCUUCUAUCUCAGAAGCCCUCUCAAAACACACCAAAACCCUUGAAAACAGAAUCUGGGCCUGGCCGUCAACUCUCGAUCCCACCGAACCCGUCAAAAUGCCCACAGGCGACGAAGAUCUCGUCCGCCACCCCCAAGUCCGCUCCAUGACCCUCGCAAUCCACCAAGCUUUGGUUAUUUACUUCUACCGAAGAGUCUACGACAUGAACGCCAUGAUCUUACAAGACCUUGUUCGGAAGACAUUGGAGUAUCUUGAGCCGUGUUUGAGUGAGUUGAUCGAUGAUCAGGAUUUCGCUACGAGCUUGGCGUGGCCUGCUUUUGUGGCCGCCUGUGAAGCUGUGAGUCCGGAUUUGCAGGAACGAGCGUUGAAGUGUCUGGGCGUUACGGAUGAUAAGGGGGUUUAUUUUACGAAUAGGCCGGCGGGGAUAGUUGUGCCGCUGAUUUGGGAGAGGAGGAAGCAAUCUGGGGAUUGGACUACGAGUUGGCAGAGUCUUGUGCAGGAAAGUCUAGCGUAGAACACAAUGCCCUUCUUCUGAUAAUGAAAUUUCAC